CUGACCAAGAAGAGGAUAGCCGAGCUCGUGAACCAGAUCGCGCCGGGUGAGAAGAUCGACCCGGAGGUUGAGGAGGUCUUGUUGGAGAUCGCGGAGGACUUUGUUGACAACGUCACUAAUUUCUCCUGCCUGCUGGCGAAGCACAGGAAGUCGUCGACGCUCGAGGCUCAAGACAUCAAACUUCACCUGGAGAAGAAUUGGGGCAUGCAGGUA